AUGGGGGUCAACACCCGCAGACCCGUCCUUCCCGCCCCUACAGAAUCUCUCGUCGAUACUAUCGGCGGCAGCGUCACGGGCACAGAUCUGGCAACUGACAUUUCUCGCCGCACAGACAAGACGUCGUACUCGAUCCCGGACGACGGAAGCCCUGUCACGCUUUCUACCCGGCGCCAUCGGGACCGGGACGACAAACUGUCUUCACACCGCGACUCGCAAACUUCCCUCCUCAUCGAAUACUUUGAGGGUGGGAAGGGCUCCGGUGGAAUUGUCUCUCGACCUAGUGUUCGAGUACGAGUCACUCCCUCGGGCAGCCGAAAAUUUAAGGAUAAGGAUCACAUCCAGAUUACCGAAUCCGGCUCUAGUCGCAAACCAUCAUAUACUCGUCGUAUCUCGCUCACAUCGCCAUCUUCAAAACCAAGACAACUCACCGAGUCCAAUUUGGAUGAGCACAGUGGGAGCGAAAGUAAUUCUGCUGAGGAAGGUCAACGUCCGUCACGAAACCUGCCGGUGGAAAUCGAAUUCAUGAAUCGCGACCAGGGUAGCGAAAUGUCCGCGAUUUCGCGUGAUGCCCGUUACAUGCCCACCUCGGAUGUGUCAUCCAUGCCGGCUGACAGCAUGCUUGAAGGCGCCUCGUCAGCGGGUCCCCGGCGGAAACGCAGCCAAAGCCUUGAACGCAGUGCCAAACGGGGAAGCAAAGAUUUAUUGAAGACUCCAUCCCGACAACGCAGUCGCAGCUUGAGUCACGAGCGGAUUGUCAAUCGGGUUGCUGAGAAGCUCAAUGAGUCCUCCCAUGAUGUUUCGAGCAGCAAAAAGAGCAAAAGCAAGGGCAGAAGCAGGAAUGCGGGCAAGGAUUAUCUGGAGGCUGAACCGACUAAGUCAUCGUCACGUCGGAGGCGACAUGGAACCGAAGACGAAUAUAUCCACAGUCCGGAGUCCAGUUUGCUGAGUACUUCCAACGUUUCUUCAAAUCGCAAGUCCGACGCAUACUCUGUUCGAUCCGGCGCGUCAAAAACUUCCAUCAACAACCCGAAGCUGUUAGAGACGGUCGAAGAUGCCAUCCGACGAUUAAUUCUUCCGGAGCUUAAGGAGCUCAAAAAGGACCAAAAGGUCAUGUCCAACACAUCUAAGUUCGAGCGAGAUAUGACGACUUCAUACUCAUCCACCAGCUCGCGCGAUGAGCUUGGUCGCCGCCUGUCCAAACACGCUAGUGCCCCCGAUGUGAUGAAGCCCAAGGUCGUUCUUAACAAGGAUAGCAAAGAUGAGGGGAUAGUUCUUGCUGGCGAGCCCGCCGCCCAAACCAAAGAGCGCAAAUCAAGCAAGACAAGUGACACUUCUGAUGCUGGGUGGGUGAAGUACAACCGACCGGACUUGACGGAACAGGAAAAGCUUCGCAGGCAAAAAAGUAAAGGUCUGCGUGAUGCUCAUGCGGCAGCACGAGUGGGCUCAGCUUUGACUUCGGCAUCGCUCAGGCAUCACGAUUCCCAGUCUAGUAUCGGCAAGAAAGAACGGAGAGCCAGCGGUUCCCAGAGAAGCGUGGAACCCGAAGGCUACAAUGAAACAGAGCUUGUUUUCCAAAAACACAACGUGCCCGCUAUGCCUAUGCACAGUGCAAUCGACUCUGAGUUGACCCGCACCUCGUUGCUUUCGGAGCGAACAGAGAGCCCUACUCCUCGCAAAAGAGUCUCUCUGGCGGAAAUUUCUCGUGGUUCCCCGCGACAAGUCGUCUCGCCAACUGGCCAUACCCCUACCCGGACUCCCUUGGACUCGCGAUAUGAACUUGGCAUGCGCCAUGGCAAUCAGUCGCAGCGUGAUCUUUCCAUGCACAGUGUUUCCGACCGUGAUCUUCAUUCCAAAAGCCAGUCACCUGCAAGCGAUGGUGGUAAUUGGGCCAUUGCUGCAGCUGCAGCUGCCAACUUGCUUGAUGCUGCUCAGCCAGAGACUCAUGAUUCAUACAACGAACCAUAUGAGACCGGCCGGCAACUCAGCCCUAUCCAGAGUGUAGCUAGCGAGCGCACUGAGACUCAUGGUGAACAGUAUCCCAACAAGUACCACACCGAAGCCCAAAAGGAGAUCGAGCCCCGUCUUUCAAUCGAGUCCUUAUCUUCUGCUCCUAGCACCAACCUUGCACGAUCCACUCGCCAGGGCGUAAGCCCCAGAAGCCAAAGUGGCUUUUCCAAAUACGACGAAGAGGGCCCUGAGCUUGGAUACGAACAAUCACGCCAUGUUUAUCCCGAGGAUGACAUCUUCGGUCAUGAGGAGGAAUCCAAGCUUUCCUAUGGCCAAGAAGAUAGUGAAGUUGAUUUCAUGGACAAAGUCAAGGAGGGUCAGCAUGUGACACCUGCCAUCGCUGCUAACCCGCAGUUCGUUCAAGCCAUGGGCAUCGAAUCAAACGUUGCGUCUUUGAUGGACCCCUCAAUUCUGGAGACCUCGAUUCUGGAGACGCAGUCGUACCAGUCUGGCACUGGUAGUCGAUCACAGACCGACCUUGCCCAGCGAUCGAGAAGCCGAAGCCCCGAGAAGCCUGUCAAUGAGGUUUAUCGGGGUAGUCCCCUCAAGCAACGUCAAGAUGCGUCUAGUCCUGAUGAAACUUCUUUCACCCGCCGAAUGGGUGUCACUUCACCUCCACAGAGCGUGACACAAUCGAUUGAAGACCUGGAGGAGGCUGGUAUGGUGGCUGCAGCUGCUCGUGGUAUUGACCGCGGUCUCGAGAGUCCCCUACCAGAGGCAGACCAACGCAGCCAAGAAUCUGAGUCUGAAAUCAAUACCAACCCGUCUAUCAUCCAAGGUCCGAUCGGUGGCAUCGCUCAAGGAAACGGUGACCACUGGGCGUAUGACUCGCGAUCCCCACCUGCUGGACAGGUUCCAUACUACGAGUCCAACCCAGCCGGAGCCAAGGACCUGGGUGCGCAGCCGCGUGGUCUUGAUGCUGAGUACUACGAGACUGCCAGAAAUAUCUUUGGUGGCGAUGAUUAUUACCCUGAUCAGCGUGCCCAACAGCUGUUUGACACUUCGCCUGGAGCUAAAGAUGAAGGUUACGUCUCGGCUGCUAACCCUGUUUCUCCAAGCGUUGGCACCCCUAAGCAAGGCAGCCGAGGUGUCGGAGCUGUGGAUGCCUUUGGUGCCCCCGCCGAGAUGGAUGAAUUUUCUGCUGGUCACCAGCGUCAUUUUAGUGGUUAUUCUCAUGGAGUUGGCUCGCCACUUUACGACAGUGCUACUGGCCAUGGCAUCGAGAGAAUCAAGUCCAAAGAUAUCGUUGCCCUCAUGGACCAUCUCACCGUUCGUGACGCCCAGCGCAAUGCCCGGGAUACUGAGAUGUUGGUCACCCUGGUCCGCAGUGCUGCUGAGAUGCGCACUUCGUUUGACGAGAUGAAGAAAUUCAUUGCCCAGCAAGACGAAUUGCUGCUUGAUUCCACCGAGAAGCAGCAUGAACGACUCAAUCAGGUUCUUGGGGGUCCCCGGCCGCUGCCUCCCAGUGGAUCUCGUACUCGCCAAUUGAACCUGGAGGACGAUGAGGACUUGCAGUCUAAGCGGAAGAACAUUUUCAAGCGUGCUCUCAAAGGUCUAAGUCUGAAGUCCGGUAAUGACUUGUCUAAGAUCGAAGGCAUGCUGGAGCAGCUGCUUGACGAAGUUGAAGCCCUCCGAGAUGGUCAGGGCAUGACCAGCCCACGUGCUACGGCUCGGAUGAGUGUCGACGCGAACACCUUUGACAACAAUGGCCAGAAUGGUGUCGCCCAGGGUAGCCAAUCUCCUUACACGUCGAGCCCAGCUCGGCAAACAAACGCGGACCCGCGCGUCAGCACUGUUCAUGAAGAGGAUGAGGAGGAGGGCGACCUUGAUGAGGAUGAUCCUUACAUGACUGCACACUUGCCUGUGCAAGACUUUGCUCGCCACGAAAGAGCUGGAUCUCUACCUCUUGCUACACCCCCUCGCAAGCCGCUGGCCUCAGGAACGCGCAGCAAUGAGACCACUCCCAAGGCUUCCACCGACAAGGCCGAAAAAGCUCGCAAGCACAAAUCCAGUAGUUCUUCGAUCUUCCCCAAAUUUUCUCGCUGGUCUAAGACCACCGCUUCUUCCAUGGGUGACAAUAUCCGCAACAGCAUUCAGCCUGGACGAAAGGAGCGCCCUUACUCUGAGAAUCUGUCUCGCUCGGGAUCCGAUCUUGGACAAGAUGCGUAUCAGAAGGCUAAUUAUUACGAUCCCGAGGGCGAUGAUCGCCUCCAUUCCCCUUAUGGAGACGAGCAAGAGAACCGGCCCCCAUCGCCAUUGGUGCCCUCUCAAGUUUCUGAAGCCCCUAAAUACCGAGCUCACCGUGGAAGUCUCGAUCUCCAGCACCCCCAGCCUAGGCAGGGACCAACGGGACGCUUCCAGUCAGCUUUGGAGACCCAGGCUCAGACCUACGCUACCCCCGGCUCGCCCAGCUCAGAGCGAUGGGGAUCCCAACCCAGCUUGCAGGCCGGGCAGCCCGCCCAGAACCGCUUUAGCGCUGGCAGCAGACUCUCUCCAAUCUCUGAUGCAGGCUAUUCAGAGCACAGCUCCCGUGCAACGGGACCACCCCGUCCUCCGAAGGUCAAAGACGAGGGACCUCUGAUUCCCGAGCGACCACCCAAGGUCCUCGAAGAUGAAGACGAUCAGGCUUCGACUACCUAUGGCGAUCGUGUCAUUUCACGGGGCUCCGCCAUCCGCUCCCCUCCCACCCGCAAGCCAACAGGCCCUCGCCCUUUGACUUCUGGCGGCUCCUACAGUCCCAGUAACAUCAAGCGCACCCGCUACCGAGGCAGUCCGAUGCAGAUCGACUAUGAGGAUGAAUAUUGA